UUGCAAGAAUUAGUACGUGCAGGUGCUCGUUUAGAUAUAGUGGAUGAUACUUACUGGCGUACACCUUUACACAGUGCUGUUUUGAAUGGGUUCUGGUGCCGUGUGAGGACCUUGCUGAUGCUGCGGUCACCAGUUAAUUUAAAAGACAAAGAGGGAAAAACCGCUUUAGGCUUGGCAUUACAACUAUCUUCAUGUAACCGAGCAUCUAACUACAACAUAAAACGGAUUAUUUAUCUUCUUUUGGAAUAUGGUGCUGAUGUAAACACAGUACUAGAAGCUGAAUCGAAAAACAAGAAUAUGUCUGUCCGGAAUUCUGCGACUCCUGUUAUGAUCAGAGGGAUAUGGGAAUUUAACGGGCCGGAUUUUGUUAUUGAGCUUUCUUUUAAUUUCAAUUCUGCUGAAUUUAUAAGCAAACGCUGCUUUUAUUGCGUGAUCUUCGCGAUAUUUGACUAUCGUGGGCCUCACGCACGAAUUCGUAUGUGGGGUGAGAGCCCCUUUGAUAGUGUAUCCGUUAAUGGUAAGACAGUCGUUCCUUUGGAGCCUGAUGCUAAUAGAUUUUUAUAUCCGGUUGAUUUGGUUAAUGGAACAAAUCAGUUACUCUUGCGAUUAAAGCCAGAUUCAGCAAGCUGCAAAGUUAUGCUUCUGACGCAGGUUUGA